UAACUCUCUUGUUUGUAUCUCUUUCUACCCCACUACCCCCCACCCCUUAAAGAUAGUAGAGAGGGGGUUUACCAGCAUCAACAGCCAGCCAGCCAGCCAGCCAGCCCAGUGUUAGAAAAGAAAGACAUAAUGAGAGUAUAAAUAAAAACAAAAGGUGGUAGAUGCAUGAGUAACAACAACUACUUCUACAAACACAAUCUCCACCUCUUUCUCUCUCUCUUUCUACCACACCCUCUUCUUUCUCAACCCUUUUCAACUUGAAUUAAAAAAAAAUCCCUUCUUUUUCCCCCACCUAAAUCCCCAUUUCAAGAUUCUUGAUUUUCAACUACUUUUCCUCUUGUAGUUUUAAGGCAUAAUUUGGUGAGCUAUGGUGAGCAUCCGAAGGCGCAAGCUGUUAGGACUUUGCUCUGGACGGAGCGCCUUCUUGGUUCCACUGCCAAAAUUCUCUGAGAAUGGGCACUUCGCAGAACAUCGUUUCUUCAGCAACAGACCCACUAGUGUACACCCAAUGCCAUCAACUGAUAUUGAUGAGUCAAAAGAGAAAAUUGCUGUAAAAGUUGUUCCUGGAUCAUCGAAUAGUCAUGCCUCUGGCUCCUUGAUGGAGCAAACCGCUCAACAAUUUCCAGUUAAACGCAGAAAGCGACACAGGAGAAAGCACUUUGAAAACCAAGAACCAUGUCUCAUGAGAGGUGUCUACUUUAAAAAUAUGAAAUGGCAAGCUGCAAUAAAGGUUGAUAAAAAACAAAUCCACUUGGGUACAGUUGGCACUCAAGAAGAAGCUGCUAGACUGUAUGACAGGGCCGCUUUUAUGUGUGGGAGGGAACCGAAUUUUGAGCUUUCCGAGGAAGAGAAGCAGGAACUAAGACAAUUCAAAUGGGAUGAUUUUUUGGCAUUUACACGUUCUGCGAUUACUAAUAAGAAAACUCGAAGAAGAAGUGGGGCUGGUGCACGGAGGAAAUUCGAGCCUUUAACUUCAGCACUGAACAGUGAGGAGGAUGAGGAAGAGGAGGAGGGAGGGGAGCCGGAAAGCAACAGUUUUUCAGCCUCUGAAGAUAUAGAGCACGACAUAUUGUUCUCUUGAUCCCCUCUUCUCCCCUCCAUUUUGUGCAUGCCAAAAAAAUUAGUUCUACUGAUUCUGUUAAGCUGUUCAGCCACGUACUUACAAGUCGAUGAUUCUGGUAUUCAUAUAGAUUUACAAAAAUAUAGAUGCCCCUAUUAGGGUGGAUGAUGAUACAUUAUUUUCUAUUGGCAAAGUUAAUUGAAUUUGAUAACAAGUGCUAUUGUAUAUGCCUCAAGACCUUUUGUCAUAUGUUUGAUGAACUUUGGCAUAUGAAGGUGACUUUGAUCAGCAUCCCUUACCUAUAUGAUUAAAUGGAAUAUGAGAAGGAAAUAAAUGAA